ACCAAAUUGUCCCGUCGUUCAGAUUCGCAUUGAGCCUUUAAUAGAGGGGAUUCGUUGCACAUCUUCCACCACGUUGACUCUUUACAGCUGGUAUUUAGCGCGAUUGAUGAACUCAAGCCUGACCGCCACUGCGUAGUCAGGCGGUGUGACGAGGAGCUAGGCGUUUACUUGGGUGCGCAGAUGCAGAGAAUGAGUAAUCACCUAUUCUAGUCCGUCCGCUUGGUACCAGUAAUUGGAGAAGGGCGGGGAACAGAGGCUGGGCUCUAGGGGUGGUUCAAUUGUGAUGUGAUGAACAGCCCGACUUCAGUUACUCUUCUUGUGUGUGUCGUGUGGUGAACCAGACGAGCUCUCCUUACCAGCAAGUCCUCGGCCUGGGACGUUGAGACUUGGCUUGGCGAAGGUGGUUGCCGCCUCCAGGGAUUCUAAAGUAGUUUCUGGAAAUGAUCAUUGCGGCAGCUGACAUUCGGGAAGUUUGAACUCAAAUUUGGGCAUUGAGCUAUACCCUGGAAAUUCGGAUCCAGGCCCUCAUCUAUGUUUGACAAGUGAUCGAAGUGCGAAGAUUUGCAGCCAUGGCUUCGCCAAGGUCUGCUGCAACAGGAGGACUAGGAUUUCGAAACGCUGGACAAUCACGCGGCGCCCAAAUGGGUGGUCGAUCCAAUCCGGAUAGCCAUAGUUCAAACAGCGGGCCCUCACUCCACCAUGCGAGGAGAACAUCCAGCGGGAGAUUCAACAAUCUUUCGCGUGACAUGAGUGAGAUGGGAGGCGUUACAGACAGUGAAUUGGGAUCUGACUACCUGUACACUGUCCAGAUCCCCGCCACACCGGAUCAUCCUAUGGCGGGGGAUCGUGUUAUUCCCGGAAAGGCUCAGCAGCAGUUUGUGUCUAGCACGAUUUUCACCGGUGGUUUUUCGAAUCAGACGCGGGGACACACCAUGGAAAAGAUGAUGGAAGAUCAGGGGAACCAUCCGCAGCUAGGGGCCGUACGCGGUCCGACUUGCUCAGUCAUCAACUGUGACGGCAAGGCAAUGCGCGACGAGCGGGGGGAAGACAUGACUCCUUGUGAUUGCCACUUCAAGAUCUGUCGGGACUGUUACAUUGAUGCCCUGAACGGAUCUGGCAAGUGUCCCGGUUGCAAGGACGACUACACCGUGUCUGACGAGCCGUUCUCUCAGAACACAUCUGAGAAUGACAUGCGUGCGUUACCACCACCCAGUGACGACAGUUCUAGAUUGGAACGUCGUCUCUCACUUCUCAAGACAAAGCCCGGCAUGAUGAGCAAUGGCUCAUCUGCAGAUUUCGACCAUGCUCGCUGGCUCUAUCAGACAAAAGGAACUUACGGUUACGGCAAUGCCGUGUGGCCAGGUGAGGAUGGCUACGAUGGUGGCGGCGGUCAAGGACCACCGAAUCUGGGCACCUUGCCAGAAUUUAAUGACAAAGUGCGGCGCCCGCUCACUCGGAAAGUCAGCAUUUCAACAGGCAUUCUCAGUCCCUACAGAUUGAUCGUCGCAAUUCGCAUGGUCGUCCUGGCUCUGUUCCUCAUGUGGCGUGUGCAGCAUCCAAAUCCUGAUGCCCUGUGGCUAUGGGGAAUGUCUGUGGUAUGCGAGAUUUGGUUCGCUUUCUCCUGGAUUCUAGAUCAGUUGCCGAAACUGUGCCCAAUCAAUCGAUUAACAGAUUUAUCGGUUUUGAAGGAGAAAUUUGAUAUGCCGUCGCCUGAUAACCCCAGCGGUAGGUCUGACCUACCCGGCGUGGACAUCUUCGUCUCCACAGCUGACCCCGAAAAGGAACCUCCUCUUACAACCGCAAACACGAUUCUGUCGAUUUUGGCAUCCGAGUAUCCUUUAGAGAAGCUCGCGUGUUAUCUUUCCGACGAUGGUGGUGCGCUCUUGUCGUUUGAAGCUCUAGCUGAGGCUGCAAGUUUUGCACGCGUAUGGAUUCCUUUCUGUCGGAAGCACAAGAUCGAGCCUCGAAAUCCGGAAACCUAUUUUCUCUUGAAAGGAGACCCUACAAAGAACAAAGUCCGUUCCGAUUUCGUUAAGGAUCGCCGCAAGGUCAAGCGAGAGUACGACGAGUUCAAGGUCCGUGUGAAUGGAUUGCCUGACUCCAUCCGUCGUCGUUCCGAUGCGUACAAUGCUCACGAAGAAAUCCGUGCCAAGCGUCACCAGAUGGAGUCUGGAGGUGAUCCUUCAGAGCCCCUCAACAUUCCCAAGGCUACUUGGAUGGCCGAUGGUACACACUGGCCUGGAACUUGGACGCACUCCGGGAAGGAACAUGGACGAGGUGAUCACGCUGGCAUCAUCCAGGUGAUGCUUGCCCCUCCUACAGCUGAGCCCCUGAUGGGCAGCAGUGACGAGGAAAAUAUUAUCGAUACCACGGACGUCGACAUUCGUUUACCUAUGCUCGUGUACAUGUCUCGUGAGAAGCGUCCGGGUUAUGAUCACAAUAAGAAGGCAGGAGCCAUGAACGCACUCGUCCGCACAAGUGCCGUCAUGUCCAACGGUCCCUUUAUUCUCAAUCUGGAUUGUGACCACUACAUUUUCAAUUCUCUCGCCAUUCGAGAAGCUAUGUGUUUCUUCAUGGACAAGGGCGGGGAUCGUCUCGCUUACGUUCAAUUUCCCCAACGUUUCGAAGGUGUUGACCCCAACGAUCGAUAUGCCAAUCACAACACUGUGUUUUUUGACGUCAACAUGAGAGCCCUGGAUGGUUUGCAGGGACCAGUGUACGUCGGAACCGGAUGUGUAUUCAGGAGAAUCGCGCUCUAUGGUUUCGAUCCCCCAAGGAUCAGAGACCACGGGUGCUGCUUUCAAAUCUGUUGCUUCUGCUGCGCGCCGAAGAAGCCGAAGAUGAAGAAGACGAAGACCAAGCAACGAGAGUCCGAGGUCGCAGGGCUUACUGAUCACACUACGAGCGAUGAUGACGACGAGAUUGAGGCCUCUAUGCUACCCAAGCGUUAUGGUAGUUCAGCCGUGUUCGCCGCCUCGAUUCCGGUUGCAGAGUUUCAAGGGCGACCUCUGGCAGACAAGGGCGUACACAAUGGUCGUCCUGCGGGGGCGCUUACAAUCCCCCGUGAGCCACUGGAUGCUUCCACAGUCGCUGAGGCUAUCAACGUGGUGUCGUGCUUUUAUGAGGAUAAAACCGAAUGGGGAGGGCGUGUGGGAUGGAUUUAUGGGUCCGUGACAGAGGAUGUAGUUACUGGUUUCCGUAUGCACAAUCGUGGUUGGCGUUCCAUUUACUGUGUCACCAAGCGCGAUGCUUUUCGAGGAACUGCUCCAAUCAAUCUUACAGAUCGUCUUCAUCAAGUGCUUCGGUGGGCUACCGGAUCCGUUGAAAUUUUCUUCUCCCGGAACAAUGCCCUUCUUGCUAGCUCCCGCCUCAAGUUCUUGCAGCGUAUUGCAUACCUUAAUGUCGGCAUUUAUCCGUUUACCUCCAUCUUCCUUCUGGUUUACUGCUUCCUUCCCGCUCUCUCUCUCUACACUGGCCAAUUCAUUGUGCAGAACUUGAAUCUCGCUUUCUUGAUCUACCUACUUACCAUCACCAUCAGUCUGUGCUCGCUCGCUGUGCUCGAAGUGAAAUGGUCUGGAAUCAGUCUGGAGGAGUGGUGGAGAAAUGAGCAGUUCUGGGUUAUUGGAGGUACCAGUGCGCAUUUGGCUGCCGUCUUUCAGGGUAUUCUCAAGGUCAUGGCUGGAGUCGAGAUUUCUUUCACUCUCACAUCGAAAUCAGCUGGAGAUGAUGAAGACGAUAUUUAUGCCGAUCUGUACAUCGUGAAGUGGACUUCUCUCUUCAUUCCCCCAAUCACCAUUGGCAUAACCAACAUUGUUGCCAUCGCCGUCGGAGUCUCCCGCACCAUCUAUUCUACCAACCCUGAAUGGAGCAAGCUCUUGGGAGGAGUCUUCUUUUCCCUCUGGGUGCUCAUGCAUUUGUACCCCUUCUUCAAGGGUCUUAUGGGUAAGGGUGGGAAGACGCCGACCAUCAUCUACGUCUGGGCGGGUCUGCUGUCUGUCAUUAUCUCUCUCCUUUGGGUGUACAUCUCUCCCCAAGAUGGUGGAGCGGCAGUGGGCGGUGGUGGCUUCACGUUUCCAUAGACUUUUGGUUAGGGGCGCUAUCAUUUCUACCCUGCCAGUAUCUAACGGACCAAAUCCUGUUUCUACGAUUCGUGAUGCAUUUCACUGCUGCCAUUCUCCAGCAUUUUCUUACUCGUCGGCGUUUAUCACCAUGGAGUAUUAAUCUAUUAACACUGACGUUAUCGUUUACGUACCUCCGGUAAUCAGAAAGGAAUAUGCAAUUGCUGAACUUGUACAUUAGCCUUGACAUCCUUAUUUACUCAUUCGAUAUGAGUCUACUGGAGCAAGUGGAGCUGUGAGGGAGGUGGAAGGAACUUUGGCGGCAGUCUUCACAUAUAUGACAUGAACAAUUCUCAACGCUGAUGAUGUGUCCGACGCAUUACAAUAACAUCGUUGUUGUGCAGUUGCUUAUUAGUAAGUAUCUUAGGUAUAAUUAUUUCAGAGGAUAGUGAUGCUCGUCUUCCUGCAAUUAAGUGAGAAUUUUAGACGGACGCUAGUGAUGGUGGCAAGGGCACCCGAAGCAAUUUUUGUAAGCUCUUGCUUAUAAGUACUCUACCCAAUUGGCCAUUAAUGCAAUUUUUUUAGCAGCUCCUGGAUUAGCCCUUUGAAA